AUGGCGAAACGGCGCACGAAGAAACGGACGCAGGGCCCGGCCGCUCCACAGAAUGGCACCAUUCCCGUGAAGAAUGGAGCUGCAUCUAUGACUCGUUCCCCAAAGAGUAUGGUGGUCCGAAUGGGCGCUGGAGAGGUUGGUCCCAGUGUGAGCCAGCUUGUCAAAGAUGUGCGAUCAAUGUUGGAACCAGACACAGCAUCCCGGCUGAGGGAACGGAGAGGAAACAAAUUGAAGGAUUAUACGGUCAUGACCGGCCCGCUAGGAGUUACUCAUUUGCUCCUCUUUUCGAAAUCGUCCACCGGAAACACUAAUCUUCGAAUCGCUCUUACGCCCCGCGGUCCUACACUACAUUUCCGUGUUGAGAAUUAUUCGCUUUGCAAAGAUGUGAUGAAGACACAAAAGCACCCUCAAGUGUCCAGCAAGAGCCAUAUGAAUCCUCCGCUACUUGUGAUGAAUAACUUCAUGACAUCAAAUUCAGAGGGAGAAACUUCUUCCAAAAAGAUACCGAAACACCUAGAGUCUCUUACAACCACGGUCUUCCAGUCCCUAUUCCCUCCCAUUUCUCCUCAGACUACACCAUUGUCCUCGAUUCGACGCAUCAUGCUCCUUAACAGAGAAUUGCCUUCUGCAUCCAGUGACGUGGACCGGGAUUCGUACAUCUUGAACUUACGCCACUAUGCCAUCACCACGAAACGAGUUGGUAUAUCGAAACGGAUACGGCGUCUAGACCCUCGAGAACAGCGCCAAAAGGAUAAGAAGGACAGAGUGGUGCCGAAUCUGGGUAAACUGAAUGAUGUAGCAGAUUAUCUUCUAGAUCCGUCUGCUGCUGGCUAUACCUCCGCCAGUGAAACGGAGCUUGAUACUGAUGCUGAGGUUGAGGUGAUGGAAAGUACAACACGGAAGGUGUUAAACAAAAAGGAAUUGCAGCGUAUGAAGGCGGGCGAGAAGAAGGCAAAAAGCACAUCAUCCCCCAAUGUUGAAAAGAGAGCCGUGAAGCUGGUGGAACUGGGCCCUCGAAUGAAGCUUCGACUGAUGAAAGUAGAAGAGGGGCUAUGCGGUGGCAAAGUCAUGUGGCAUGCUUUGAAGAAUAAAACUCAGGCUGAAGCAGAUCAACUCGAGGAGACUUGGGAACAAAGGCGAAAAGAAAAGGAGCUUCGACGAAAGAUUCAAAGGGAGAACGUUGAGAAAAAGAAAAAAGCAGAAGCUACAGACGGCCAAGCUGCUGACGAUGAAGAUAAAAUGGAAGAGGACGACGAUAGUGAGAUGUGGGAUAGCGAGGAUUUCAGCGAGAAUGACCAGCCAGAUGAAGAUGAAGAUUAA